GCGUAUACGAGUGCGGCGGCGGCGGCGGCGGCACAUUAUUAUACGCGCGCGCGCCGCUCGCCGAAAGAGAGUUGCAUUUAUUCGGGCGCACCCUGUCGCCGGCGUUACAACCACCGCACUGCACACGCACGUCGCUCGCACACACCAACACACGUCACGCACACCGACAGUCGGCCCGGAGUCGAAGACACGACCGAUACGCGUACGGCCCCCGCCGCGAACGUCUUACGACUCUCUCCUUCUAUCUUUCACCACUUUCGUCGCUGUUUGUUAAAUGUAUUUUGUAUGUUCGUAUUUAUUAUGUUUUAUUAUUUAUUAUAAUAUAUUAUAGACAAUUAUUAUUAUUUUACUAGAUAAUUUAUUCUAUUGAAUUUUUAAAACUACAAAACGAGAAAGAAAAAAUUUGUUCUAUAUAAAAUAUAUCGUAAGAGUUGUUUAUUCGUUUGUUUAUUUUUUUUUUCUUUAAAAGUUUAUCGCCGGUACUUUAAUAUAAUAAUAACGUUUUCGUACCGAAUUCGCGCCGAAUCGUCUGCUCGGGAGUGUGCUGGAUGGGAAAUCUGCAGUAAUCCUCUGGCUGAUCCAGGAAAUGCAUCCCGAUUUUUAAAAAUUCAAGUUGAUGAACAGACAUUAAAUUGAAUUUGAUCAAAAUGACUAACAACCAUUUAAACACGAUUUCUGGACAAGACCAACAGUACUGUUUGAGAUGGAAUAAUCAUCAGACAAAUCUAACUAAUGUAUUUGUUCAAUUAUUUCAAUCUGAAGAAUUUACCGAUACUACACUGUUUUGUGAGGGUGGUCCACCCGUCAAAUGUCAUAAAAUGGUAUUGGCUGCGUGUUCAUCAUACUUUCAGUCAGUAUUUGCUGAGGUACCUGGUAAACACUCUGCAGUUGUACUAAAAGACGUUGGCCAUUCUGAAAUGAAAGCCAUACUUGACUAUAUGUACAAAGGUGAAGUAAAUAUUGCUCAUGAUCAAUUAGCUGCUUUGCUAAAGGUUGCUGAAAUGCUAAAAGUCAAAGGACUCGUCCAAGACAAUACAUAUCAACCACAGAGUGCAACCCCAACUGUUGACGAAGACCGUAAUAUAAUAAGCACUUCGUCUCCAAAUCAUGUAUCACCAGAUGGAAAUACGAGUGCAUCCAAAGAUCUCGCCAUCAACAUUAACAAUAAUAAUGAGCAUAAUGAUUCACCCCCGCAUAGUACUGGUAUUACCCACCAAUCGCCAUUCUACAACAAAAACUACUAUGGGAAAUCACCACCAUUAACUGACCAUAGACCGGGAAGAAGCAACGUUCCGAUGUGGCCAAUGCCUGCCAUGCAGAUGUCUUCAACACCCGUGACAAAUGCAAUGUUUGGUGGUAGUUAUGAUGCUAUGAUUGCUGGACAUCCGGGAAUGUCACCGUUGCGUCGCAAAAAAUUGUCUAGCAUGUUGAUGGGCCGAGAUACACCUAUAUUAAGGACUGUACUUGGUCAGGGACAAGCUGAUUCCUCACAACAACUAGCUCCAAUAUUAUAUGGUUCUGAAGCAAUGGAACAUCAUAGACCUCAGUCUAAUGGAUCUGAACAUAGCAGUCAAUUUUCAAAGAUUAAAAUAGAAGGAUCAGAGCCUCAUUCUCCAUAUCCUCCUGAUAUGUCAAUGAAUGACGAUGAAGAAAUUAUAAGGAUGGGAAAAAUGAAUAAUUCAUCCUCACCUCAAUCAAUGUAUGGCGAUUCAAAAAGUGGUAUUGUAACUCCGGGAAUUGCAACUUAUGUCCCAUCUCAUAAGCCUGAGUGGAAAAGAUACAAACAGUAUACACGGCAAGAUAUUAUGUCAGCAAUAGAUGCUGUUCGAACUGGCAUGAGUGCAUUACAAGCUUCUCGAAAAUUUGGAGUUCCGUCUCGUACCCUCUAUGAUAAAGUGAAGAAACUUGGUAUAACCACAAGCCGUCCAUUUCGCAGAUCAGGAGUCAACAAUGGCAAUCUUGGCUUUGCAUAUGGAUUAGGUCCAGGUACUAGCAGUGUUAUGUUCUCAGGACAAAUGUCUGGAGCUGAAGAUGAAUCAGGUCAUUCUACAGCCAUGGAACAUGCAACUGCUGGUUUCUUACAUCAUGCUCUUGGAUUAUCCGGAGUGCCUUUAAAAUCAGAUCAUGAAACCUCUAACAAUGGGCAUUCACCUCGUUCAGACAGGAUGGAUGAUGGAGGCUCACCAUGUAGCCCAGAACUGAUUAAAUAUGCUGGACACAGAGAAGACACACGAUCACCAACUCCGACUGACAAUGAUGACCAAGCGCAAGAUUUAUCAGUGUCUCGUAAAUCUGAGUCAUCAAUGCAAUCAACACCUACAUCUAGAGUUAUUAUGGCGCCUAUUAGUCAAACGCCCUCUGUACCCAUGUUAGCCGCUGGUAAUGACGAUAGGGACUGAAAUGGUGGUUUACAUUGGAUGGGCAGUAUGUGCAAUCCGAAUUCAAUAAUUGAAUUUUACUGAAACCUAAUCUUAGUUCUAGGCUAUUUAAAGUCACCUUUUUUUAGCUUUAGUAAUGUCAUUUUAAAAUUUGGGUUAAUGAUAAAAGACGUACCAGGGUUAGUUGGUGCAGAAAAGGUUGUAUAGUUAAAUUGAGAAUUUAUACUUCAAUAUUCUCUUGGAUUUAAAUUAUUUUAAAAUGUUGACACUAUAUUAUAAAAAAUAUAAGUUUUUGUUUUUGGGUCAAUCAAACUUGCAAAUUUUGGGUAUAACCUUGAUUUAAUUACGUACAUUUUAUUUACAAUUUUAAUUUUAAUGUGAAUUUCAAGUCUGAAAAAAUUUAAAUCAAAAACAUUGUUUCAGGUAGCUAAUUAAAUGGUUGUAUUUUACAUCUAAUAUCAGGUAACAUUUUUAUAAAUGCCAUUUAAUCCCGACAACUGCUCAAUUAUCGUUAUUUAAGAGUUCCUUGUAUCAAAAUAUCUACCAAAAGUUGUAGGUACCGAUUGUAAAUAACUGACUACAAUUACAAAUGCUUAUCCACUCUAUUUUCACUUAAAUGAUUCCCUCCAUUUAUUAUUAUUUUUAUUAAUAUUCAUGAAACAGAUAUCUCAAACCGCAUAAGACUGCUACUUGUUAAAAUAUUAUGUAGUUAAGUAGUAAUAAUAUACAUAUAUAUUAUAUUUUGUUUAGUUAAUUUAAACCAAGGAGACUGUUUUUAAUGUUAAAUAAUCUACACUGAUACUUCUAAAUAAUGUACUAACUAAUGUGUUCAUGCAGUUCUAUGUCAUAAUGUUACACAAACAUUGUUAGAAGCUUUAUUAUACUCAAUGCUCAGUGUAUCAGAAAUGAAAAUCAUGUGUUCAUUAGUUUUAGCAAACACUAUUUUGGGGGCCAAUAUUAUAUUUGUAUAAUCCAGUUACAUUUCACAUAGUUAAAUAAUAAGACUGAGUAGCCUUAAUUUUAAAAGAACUGAUACACAUUUUGACUGGUUUGAUUUAAACAUUCUCAGCUUUGUUCCUACUGAGGUUUAUCAAUUUAACUACAAAUUGCAAUAGUAUAUUAUUUAUGAUGUCUACAGGAACAAAGGUGUGAAUUCAAGACUGAGUUGGUUUUUUGUUAGAAAAAAAAACAUUUAACUUGAAUAAUUAUAUAAUUUAAAUUUUUGGUCAUCUGUUAUUGUAAUAUAGUUAAUUGAAAAAAAAAGUAGAAAAUUCAUGUUUGAAUUUACUUGUCUGGGUAGGAUGCAAUUUAGACAAAUUUGGACUUUGUCGAUUUUAUUUAUUUGUUCUACACAAAUUAGUAUAAAUCCUUAAAAUAUAAUUUAAAGUACAACACUAAAAAUAAAUAACUAUUUUUAAAUGUAUUUAUAUAGAACUACAUGCCUUCAUAUUAUUACAAAGUAUUUAAAAUGUAAUUUAAAAAAUAUAAUUAAAAAUGUAUCUCAUGUUUGCGACCUUUCAUUGUACAUUUUAUUAUAUAUUACUAUAUUGGUAUUGAAGACUUAUGUUUUUAUUUAUUUUUAUUUAAUAAUUGUUUUGUUUUUGUUCGAGUUAUUUUAACUUUGGGCUUUAUUAAGGGUAUUUAUUGUAAUGCUAAUUAAAAGUUUAGAUUUAUAUGACAUGUUGUUAAAAUUAUAUUUACUAUUUAUUCCUUUUUAUUUUUGCAAAGAAUUGUUCAAUUAUUUUGGUAAAUUGAAAAAUUUAUGUUUUGCGUUUUUGUUUAUACUUUAUAUCAUAGGAUUUUUACUAUUUAGAUUAAAUAUUGUAUAAUGUUAAUUAAAAUUUUUGUAUUUAAUAUUAAAAAAAUGAUUUUUUUUAUCUAUGUAAAUGGAAGUUAAACUGAUAUGUGCUUGAGAUUUAUACAUUUGUGGAAUAUAAGGUUUAAAAAUAAAUUUUUUAAGAAUAUUAUGUUUUUCAUUUGUACUAAAAAUACAAGUGCAAAUUUUAAUGUUUUAAAUAAGUGUUCUAUAAUAAGUUAUAAUUUUUUAAUAAUAUGUUUAAAUAGUUUAAAUAGUUAGACUUACUAUGAUGAUAAUUAUAAUACUAUUAUUAUUUUGACUUAAAACUCAGUUAUAAUUUUUUAAUCUUUUUUGACUAAUUUUUUUUUAGGAAAAUUGUUUACUAGGUAUAAUAAUAAAAUUUAUAAAUUAUAUUAUAUAUUAAUAAUAUUACUAUUUUAUCUCAUUUAUUAGACGUGCUUAUUUUUUCUUACAUUGUUUUGUUACAUCAUAUACAAAUUAUUAUCAUGUAUUAAUUAUUUAUUUAUUUUUUUUAUUAUAAGACUGAAUAUUGUUCUAAGUUUGUCUAACAUAAUUGAUAUAAAUGUGUUUUCUUCUCUAAAAAUCUUAUAAACAUACGUAUAGGAUUUAUCCUUUGUAACAAUAACUAAUAUGUUGUAGUAAGUUAGGUUUAGUAGUAAAUCUUCAUAGUUAUAUACUUUAUAAUAUCAACUAUUCAUCUGAUUAAAAAAAAACAAUUUCUUUAUAGAGCAUGGUGUGUGUUUCAUACUAUCAAUUAUCAUUGUAUAGUUUAAUAUUUAUACAUGUAUUAUGUAUUAUAUAUAUGAACAAAUAA